UUUUUAGUUUGUUGUUUGUUUGUUUUGUUGUGGCGUGUGCCUGCCAUUUUAGUUAGGGGCUCGUAGCAUUUCAUUUUGACAAAAUUGUGUACUCAAAGCCAAAAACCCGGAGAAAUAUGACGUGGGGCUUUGUAACUUGCGGCCCUAACGAAGCCCUCGUUGUAUCAGGCUGCUGUUAUGGCAAACCUUUGUUGGUACCAGGGGGCAGGGCCUUUGUUUGGCCCUCAAUUCAAUGUGUUCAGAGGAUUUCCCUUAAUACUAUGACACUGCAAGUUGAAAGCCCAACAGUUUAUACUAGCCAAGGAGUGCCUAUUUCAGUUACUGGUAUUGCUCAGGUGAAAAUCCAAGGUCAAAAUGAGGAAAUGCUGCUGGCAGCAUGCGAACAGUUCCUGGACAAGACAGAAGCUGAAAUUCAACAUAUUGCACUUGUCACAUUGGAGGGCCAUCAACGUGCCAUCAUGGGUAGCAUGACAGUCGAGGAAAUUUAUAAAGAUAGAAAGAAGUUCAGUAAACAAGUUUUUGAGGUGGCAUCUUCUGACCUCGUGAACAUGGGCAUUACAGUGGUCUCCUACACCCUCAAGGAUAUCAGAGAUGAGGAGGGCUACCUAAAGAGCUUGGGAAUGGCUCGCACUGCUGAAGUCAAGAGAGAUGCCCGUAUGGGUGAAGCAGAGGCACGACGAGAUGCUCAGAUCAAAGAAGCAAUUGCUGAGGAAGAGAGAAUGGCUUCAAGAUUCUUAAACGACACUGAAAUUGCCAAAGCACAGAGAGAUUUUGAGCUUAAAAAGGCAGCGUACGACGUGGAAGUUCAAACGAAAAAAGCAGAAGCUGAGAUGGCUUAUGAACUGCAAGCUGCAAAAACCAAGCAAAGGAUUAAAGAAGAACAAAUGCAAAUUCAAGUAGUUGAGCGUACACAAGAAAUCCUGGUCCAGGAUCAAGAAAUACAGCGCAGACAAAGAGAACUGGAUGCUACCGUGCGUCGCCCUGCUGAAGCUGAAAAAUACAGGCUUGAAAAACUGGCGGAGGCCAACAAACAGCGUGUCAUUCUUGAAGCAGAGGCUGAAGCGGAAGCUGUUAGAAUGAGGGGAGAGGCGGAAGCCUUUGCAAUUGAAGCUAAAGCUAAGGCAGAAGCUGAGCAGAUGGCCAAAAAGGCAGAUGCAUGGAAGGAGUAUCGGGAGGCUGCUAUGGUUGACAUGCUGCUUGAUGCCCUACCCAAGGUUGCUGCUGAAGUAGCUGCUCCGCUAUCACAGGCCAAGAAGAUUACAAUGGUGUCUAGUGGCUCUGGUGAAGUUGGUGCUGCCAAGCUCACUGGAGAAGUUCUAUCGAUUGUGGCCACGGUCCCUGAGCUGGUUCGCAAGAUGACGGGCGUAGACAUUGCCAAGUCUGUAAAUGCUGCAUGAUUCCCAAGAGGAAAACUCCGCUUCAGCCUUUUGUUGGAUCAGAAGAAGCUAUCCAUCAUCUUCAGCAAACUGAAACAGGAACAAUACAUCUGAAUUAUGUGUCAUUAUAUUGGAGCUGUUCAUUAUUCACUGCACAGAUCCAUCAAUCUUAAACUGAUUUUACAUGCAUUGUAAUCGCAACUGACUUUAGUAACAGCUUUGUGGGUAUACAUGUGACUAAGUGCCUCAGUGACCUUUGCCGCACAUAUUUCACAAUUGAUUGUGAUCUAGUCAUUGUCUUUGAUUAUGUGUGUCACAAAUUCUGGUAAAGUGUGUGAUUGUUUGUUUAACUUGCCUUUUCUGUCCUUUUUCUGAAAAAAAAAAAAGUUUGAACAGUUGUGGGUGUACUCAAGUCAUACCAUUAUAAUUUCAGUGUGUCAUAAAUACAUCCUUACCAUUGGCCAGUUUUAAAACUAUUGCUGUGAUGAUGUAUUUUUUGUAAAGUUACCAAAAAGAAAAAAGUCCAUUUGAGAUUUUUAAAUUUUCCUCUUUUGUAAAAUUUAGAUGCUUUAAAAGGCUAUUUUAGCCAAGGUUUGCUAUUAUGAUGAUUAUGAUUCAUCAUCUCAUCUGUUUUGUUAGUUAGUUUUACAACAAAAAUGAUAUUGCUGUGUUUCUUGCUACAAAAGAUUUUUUUAUGCAGUGUUUGUAUUGUAAAAGUUUUAUCUGUCUCUUAUGCAGUAACAAUGUUGAUUCGCCUUAUAUUAAAUACAAUAAAAGUAUUUUUGCCAUGUCA